AUGGUGCGGAGAACUUUCAGAAUUAUGAAAUGUAAGAGUGGUUGGAGCUUAUCUACCGGAGUCCGAAAAGGGUUGACCAGCUAUAUACUGGCGCCGUUAACACCAGCGCUCACGAGCGCUGUGCGACCUCCGAAGGAGGCACUGGCAACCAAGCCGCAAGCGGAUAUGCCUGGCGCGGCCUACCUCUUGAGGACAACUCAAGAUGAAGAAAGAGCAUCCAGAGGAAACCUCUACCAGAAACAUUCAGCAAAACAGAGCUCCACUACCAGACCACUCAGCAUUGAUAAAGAAGAAGAGGAAGAAAAAAAAGUGACAGAUGUAUUAUUGGAGGACCCUGGAAACCCCCAUAAAUGUGGGUGA